CACAUGACAUGAGCAGUGCCCCAAAUGAUGACUGUGAGAUCGACAAGGGAACACCUUCUACCGCUUCACUUUUUACAACGCUGAUGCUCAGUCAACCAUCUUCUUCUACAGCUGUUUUACAGUGUACAUAUUGUGGAAGCUCGUGCACAUCUUCCCAAUUGCAAACAUGUUUAUUCUGUGGAACAGUGGCUUAUUGUUCCAAGGAGCACCAGCAACUCGAUUGGCUAACACAUAAAAUGAUAUGCAAGUCACUUCAAACAAGUGGCAUGGUGCCAAGUAAUUUGAUGCCUCAGGCAGCACCUGCUGUUAUGGCUCCAAUUCCACCUACUGUUUCGUUUGAUGAUCCUGCACUUACCACGUCACUUCUUCUAUCUCUUCAAAAUAAUCCAAUUCUGAAUCAAACUAUUUCAAAUUUUCCGCCAACAUUUUCGAUCACAUCGAAGACCGAACCAGAGCCAUCGAUUCCAAUCCAAAUUCCACAAAGGAUAUCAUCAACAAGUACAGUACCGUUCAGUAGUGAAGGAAGUGCAUUCAAACCAUACAGAAAUACGCAUGUGUUUAAUUCAAUUUCUUCUGAAUCAAUGUCUUCCAUGUGCACAUCACAUGAAGCAUCACUUGAACACAUGUCAUCAGCUUCCCUUGCAAUGUUCCCAACAAGUAGUACUGCUCAAAGUGAUAUCAGUAGACUCGCUCAAGUUUUGAGUCUUGCUGGAGAUUCACCAGCUUCGUUGGCUCUUGUCACAACUUCGGUACCGUCAACUGCUUCCACAGCAACUAUUCCACCUCCAGCGACAACGACAAGUUCAGCUACAAGUUCAGGCAAAAGCGAGACAAUAACUGUUGGAAAAGAAAAGAUAAUUCAAACUGAUGAUCCGGAUAUUCAGAUCAUCGAAACAGAAGGUGGAUCAAAACCAACGGUAUCCAGAACACGGAAACGACCAACUCCUUCUAACUCCGCUGACCCAAAAAUUAAUUACAAGGAUCACAAUAAGAAUGUCGUUUACUCGACAACCCUCCAAGAACAUCAGAAGCAUCUUCAGAAUCGUGGUCUCGCACUAAGCAUUCACCAAGCAAUGGUUCUACGGUUAAGAUACAUUGCCGAGCAUGUGAUCAGAAGCCUGAAUGAGUUUGGAUGGGCCGUUGUUGACAAUUUUCUGGGCUCGGAUCACUACAAAUUUACCGCGAAAGAAAUUGAGCGACUCUAUGAACGGGGACUCUUCAGCCCUGGUCAGUUGAUGGAAGCAAAACACAAAGACGAAUUUCACAUCAAAGAUAUUCGAUCUGACCACAUUUACUGGUAUGAUGGUUAUGAUGGACGUGCCAAGGAUGCUGCAACUGUUCGUCUAUUGAUUUCAAUGAUUGAUUCUGUAAUUCAACAUUUCAAAAAACGAAUUGAUCAUGAUAUUGGAGGACGUUCUCGUGCAAUGCUUGCCAUCUAUCCUGGAAAUGGAACUCGUUAUGUGAAGCAUGUAGAUAAUCCGGUAAAAGAUGGAAGAUGUAUAACCACUAUUUAUUACUGUAAUGAAAAUUGGGAUAUGGCAACUGAUGGUGGUACUCUCAGAUUAUAUCCAGAGACUUCAAUGACUCCAAUGGAUAUUGAUCCAAGGGCUGAUCGUCUGGUAUUCUUCUGGUCCGAUCGUCGCAAUCCUCAUGAAGUCAUGCCAGUCUUCCGUCAUCGUUUCGCAAUUACUAUUUGGUAUAUGGAUAAAUCCGAAAGAGAUAAGGCUUUGGCAAAAGGAAAAGAGUCAGAUGCGGCAUGUGCUUCAAAGAAAGAGAAUGAUCCAACAAGCUCUUCACUAAAUUCCCUUAUUGGAUCACUUUUGAGACCACGGAAAAAUCCAAGUACUCACGAUUUAUCAAAACUUGACCUUCGACUCUUCCCGUCCACAUCAUCCGAUCCAGCUCUGGUAUCUGCAGCAGAUGAAGAUAGAGUUGACAUCUCUGCCGACUUUCAAUCCACUUCAAGUCUGGCUCAUCCGGAAUCUACUGACUCGGGAGUAUCUCUCUCCACCUUCAAUGUCGCUCAUAAUCACAUGGAACGUACUACCAGUCUCCAGUCGAUCUCCGAUCAUUUCCGUUCCGAAAGAUCACACGAACGUCGCAGCUCAACAAGCAGCGAUCAAGAUCUAGACGAAGGGCUCCCACCACCUCCUUCCACAAACCCAGAGUAUUACAUCUGAAGUUUUUCUGGUUUUUGUUACUUUCUAUAUAUAUAUAUGUCACCUUCAUUCAAUACGGGUAAAGUCAAUCUUGAAAUUCCGAUUCCCGAGAAAAUCAUUGUCAUUCGAGUUUUUUUAUGUAUGGACUCUACAAAUUAUUAUCUCGACUUUUCCAUGUGAGAUAGAGUACCAAUUCAACAUGGUUUUUAUUUUCUUUGGGUACAAUUUUCUACAAUUUAACGAGUGAUCCCUUCUCUUUUCCCCUUCCAAAUUCCAUUAAUUGUGAUAAGUGCAGAAUACAAAAAAAAGAAUUAUAUCAGACUUCUUCUCCCAGGAUCAAAGUUCUCCCAUUUUUAAUUGUAAUAAUUUGAAUAUAAUUUCCCUGUAACUUUGGUCUCCCGUUCUCUGUCACUCUCUUCCAUCUCCCUACGCGCAUAUGCAUGUCCAAUAAAAAACAAAUCAAUGUUUCAAA